UGGGUGGAGUUUCAGACCCUGCCUUUGAACAUUCCCCUAAAGCCAGCUGUCGAGCAAACUUCUUGCCCUGGUGCCAGAAUCGCCCUGCUGAGGCUCGAACGGCUGUCGCGAGGAGAGCUUGUAUUUCAGCUCCUGUGUACCAGCUGAAGUUGGGCAGCAUGGAUCACCGUGAAGCUACCGUGGAGAUGGACAAAAUCCACCAGAACCGCCUGUCCAACAUCACGGACGAUGAGGAGGAGCAAGACGCGGCGUUUACCAUUGUCCGGGUCCUGGACAAAGUGGCCACCAUUGUGGACAGCGUGCAGGCCAGCCAAAGGCGCAUCGAAGAGAGACACCGGGAAAUGGAGGAGGCCAUCAAGACCAUCCAGAUCGACCUGCUGAAGCUCGCUCAGGCUCACGGCGGUACCGUCUACACCAUAAACAAGCUGCUGCAGAAGACUCGCAAAGUUAGUGCUCGCGUCAAAGAAGUGCGGGCGCGUGUCGAAAAGCAGGGCUCCGAUGUGCAGAAAGUUGAAGCCAAGCAAGAGGAGAUGCUGCGGAAAAACAAGUUCCGCGUUGUCAUUUACCAGGAGGACGUUCCAUGUCCAUCGUCUUUAUCGGUUAUCAAAGACAGGACACAAGGGGAAACUCUACAGGACGCCUUCUGUCUAGCGGAUGACCUCUCCUCUGACGAAGAGUAUUACAUAGAAGAAAGCAAAGCAUCACGGUUUAAGAAAUCUGGCAUGAGACGCAUCAACAACAUAAAAAAGGCGUUUUCCAGAGAGAACAUUCAGAAGACAAGGCAAAAUUUUGGCAAGAAGGUGGACAGACUUCGAACAAGAAUAGUGACGCCAGAGAGGAGAGAGCGAGUCAGGCAGUCAGGAGAGAGGCUCAGACAAUCUGGGAUCAGGUUCAAGAAAACUAUAUCCAAGGCGGCCCCAACCAAGGAGACAUUCAAGAAAAAUAAGAAAACCAAGGAGCCAACGACAACUGAAGAUCAAGGAAGAGUCCGGGACGCCAGCACUGAUACAGCCGUGGACAGUGCAGAGGCUGAACCUGUCACAGAGGAAAUUUCCUACACUGAAGUGAUAACCAAAGUGAAGAAAGACCGGGGCGGGAACUCCAAAGGCCCUUUGCAGGCAGAGAAGAGAGCAAUUACUCCAGAAAAAAUUGUGCUCCGACCAGAAAUCAAAGAAGACGAGGAUGCCCUUCUACUGGAUUUAAAGCCAUCUGCUUAAGCGGGCAAUGUCUGUCCUACCGUGUUGGUGCCAUGGUGGUGGGGGAAGAGCAAUCCCUAUAAAUUGGAUAGAUUUAGACUGUGGUUUCCAGUGUUCCCUGAGGUCAUUCCUCCCACGCUGAUUUCCCUGCAAGCCUUUGUAUGAUUUUGACACACAGUCUGCUAAUGGUGUGUGUGUGGGGGGUUGCCUGCUGGCCUUUUGUGUCUGUCACGUCAUGUUGAUGAAGGGUACAUAGAAAUUUACCCAGCAUUCCCCUGGACCUGUGUUUUACAUGGAAGGUUGAAAAUGGUGGCUCUGCUGCCCUUUAGGCAGUUUGCCAUUAUUAGUCUUCUUACUGAGGAACCUCUGAUAAACACCUCUGGUGCCUAGAAACAUAGAUUUGGAAACCACUGGUUUAAAGGAAUGUCUGUUGCUUACUGUCCUGUUAUUUGAGGAGACUAUAUCUAUACAAGUGGGGACCUGCAACAAAAUGUCAUGUAUUAUUAAUGUCUUUUUCAUAGUAUAGUUGGUUACUCUUUAAAUGGCUUUCUUGCAGUAACCGGUUGGUUAGCUCGUGGAUUUUCUCAUUUUGGCAGGGUGUCCUCUUUUGUGAGGUACUUUUGGCCUUGUAUUAUUCUGUAUGGUACUGAUGAGGGAUUGUUGUUUCUGACAAAAAAGGCAGAGAUUCUUUCAGUUGUUCUGAGCGGUGCCCUCUUAAGGGAGGAGGCAGCUCUGUGACAGCCUUCUGUGAAGGGAGGGAGUGACAGUUGGAGCCCACU